ACUGUAUAUAACUUGAUUAGAUAAGUAUUACAACCCCUGAGUCAAUACAUAUUAGAAUCCCCUUUAGCAGUGAUUACAGCUGUGAAUCUUUCUGGGUAAGUCUCUAUGAGCUUUGCACACUUGAAUAGUACAAUAUUUGCACAUUAUUUUCAAAAUUCUUCAAGCUCUGACAAGUUGGUUGUUGUUCAUUGCUAGCAAUGUCAUAGACUUACAAGACGAUUUAAGUGAAAACUGUAACUAGGCCACUCAGGAACAUUGUCUCGGCAAGCAACUCCAGUGUAAACUCAGCAAAAAAAGAAACGUCCCUUUUUCAGGACCCUGUCGUUCAAAGAUAAUUAGUAAAAAUCCAAAUAACUUCACAUAUCUUCAUUGUAAAGGGUUUCAUAAACACUGUUUCCCAUGCUUGUACAAUGAACCAAAAAUAAUUCAUGAACAUUCACCUGUGGAACGGUCAUUAAGGCACUAACAGCUUACAGACGGUAGGAAAUUAAGGUCACAGUUAUGAAAACUUAGGACACUAAAGAGGCCUUUCUACUGACUCUGAAAAACACCAAAAGAAAGAUGCCUGGGGUCCCUGCUCAUCUGCGUGAAUGUGCCUUCGGCAUGCUGAGGACUGCAAAUGUGGUCAGGGCAAUAAAUUGCAAUGUUCGUACUGUGAGACGCCUAAGACAGCCUACAGGGAGACAGGACGGACAGCUGUGUAACCACGUGUAACAACACCUGCACAGGAUCGGUACAUCCGAACAUCACACCUGCGGGACAGGUACAGGAUGGCAACAACAACUGCCCGAGUUACAUCAGGAAUGCACAAUCCCUCCAUCAGUGCUCAGACUGUUCGCAAUAGGCUGAGAGGCUGGACUGAGGGCUUGUAGGCCUGUUGUAAGGCAGGUCCUCACCAGACAUCACCGGCAACAACUUCGCCUAAGGGCACAAACCCACCAUCGCUGGACCAGACAGGACUGGUAAAAAGUUAUCUUCAAUGACGAGUUGCGGUUUUGUCUCACGAGGGGUGAUGGUCGAUUUCACGUUUAUCGUCGAAGGAAUGAGUGUUACACCGAGGCCUGUACUCUGGAGCGGGAUCGAUUUGGAGGUGGAGAGUCCGUCAUGGUCUGGGGCGGUGUGUCACAGAAUCAUCGGACUGAGCUUGUUGUCAUUGCAGGCAAUCUCAACGCUGUGCAUUACAGAGAAGACAUUCUCCUCCCUCGUGAUACCCUUCCUGCAGGCUCAUCCUGACAUGACCUUCCAGUAUGACAAUGCCACCAGCCAUACUGCUCGUUCUGUGCGUGAUUUCCUGCAAGACAAGAAUGUCAGUGUUCUGCCAUGGCCAGCGAAGAGCCCGGAUCUCAAUCCCAUUGAGCACGUCUGGGACCUGUUGGAUCAGAGGGUGAGGGCUAGGGCCAUUCCCCCAAGAAAUGUCCAGGAGCUUGCAAGUGCCUUGGUGGAAGAAUGGGGUAACAUCUCACAGCAAGAACUGGCAAAUCUGGUGCAGUCCAUGAGGAGGAGAUGCACUGCAGUACUUAAUACAGCUGGUGGCCACACAUGAUACUGACGGUUACUUUUGAUUUUGACCCCCCCCCUUCGUUCAGGGACACAUUACUGACUGUUUUGCUAGCACAGACUAGAAUAUGUUCUGGGAUUCCUCCGAUGGAUCUGAGGAGUACACCACAUCAGUCAUUGGCUUCAUCUGUAAGUGCAUCGAUGAUGUCGUCCCCACAGUGACCGUACGUACAUACCCCAACCAGAAGCCGUUGAUUACAGGCAGCAUCCGCACUGAGCUAAAGGCUAGAGCUGCCGUUUUCAAGGAGCAGGACUCUAACCCGGAAGCUUAUACGAAAUCCCGCUUUGCCCUCCGACGAACCAUCAAACAGGCAAAGCGUCAAUACAGGACUAAGAUCGAAUCGUACUAGACCGGUUCUGACGCUUGUCUAAUCUGGCAGGGCAUGCAAACCAUUACAGACUACAAAGGGAAGCACAGCCAAGAGCUGCCCAGUGACACGAGCCUACCAGACAAGCUAAAGUACUUCUAUGCUCGCUUCGAGGCAAGUAAAACUGAAACAUGCAUGAGAGCACCAGCUGUUCCAGAAGACUGUGUGAUCACGCUCUCCGCAGCCAAUGUCAGUAAGACCUUUAAACAACAUUCACGAGGCCGCAGGGCCAGACGAUUACCAGGAUGUAUACUGCGAGCAUGUGCGGACCAAUUGGCAAGUGUCUUCACUGACAUUUUCAAACUCUCCCUAUCCGAGUCUGUAAUACCAACAUGUUUUAAGCAGACCACCAUAGUACCUGUGCCCAAGAACACUAAGGUAACCUGCCUAAAUGACUACUGACCCGUAGUACUCACGCCUGUAACCAUGAAGUGCUUUGAAAGGCUGGUCAUGGCUCACAUCAACACCAUCAUCCCAGAAACCCUAGCACACCAUGACAGUCGUGUAGAGGGCACAUCAAAACAUAUUCCACCUCAGGAGACUGAAAAGAUGGCAUGGGUGGCAUGGGUCUUCAGAUCCUCAAAACGUUCCGGAGCAUUCUGACUGGUUGCAUCACUGCCUGGUAUGGCAACAGCUCGGCCUCCGGCUGCAAGGCACUACAGAGGGUAGUGCGAAUGGCCUAGUGCAUCACUGGGGCCAAGCUUCCUGCCAUCCAGGACCUCUAUACCAAGCGGUGUCAGAGGUAGGCCCUAAAAAUUGUCAGACUCCAGUCACCCUAGUCAUAGACUGUCCUCUCUGCUACCGCAGGGCAAGCUGUACCGGAACGCCAAGUCUAGGUCCAAGAGGCUUCUAAACAGCUUCUACCCCCAAGCCAUAAGACUCCUGAACAUCUAGUCAAAUGGCUACCCAGACUAUUUGCACCCCCCCUUACAUCACUGCUACACUCUGUUGUCAUCAAUGCAUAGUCACUUUAAUAACUCUACCUACAGUACAUGUACAUACUACCUCAACGAACAGGUGCUCCCUGCACAUUGACUCUGUAUCGGUAAACGGCUGUAUAUAGUCUUGCUUUUGUUAUUUUACUGCUGUUCUUUAAGUACUUGUUACUUUUAUCUCUUAUUCUUAUCUGUAUUUUUUUUAAACUGCAUUGUUGGUUAGGGGCUCAUAAGUAAGCAUUUCACUGUAAGGUCUACUACACCUGUUGUAUUUGACACAUGUGACUAAUACAAUUUGAUUUGAUUACAUUGCUCUAAAAUAGGUUACAGGCUACAGUAGAACAGUCAAAACAGUAGGCGAAAUGAAGAGGGCUAAAUAGACCAAAUUAUUAGGGUGAGGCACGGACUAACAUCUUACUACACAACAUACACUUAGUAUUAUUUUCUUAGCUACAGUAUACAUAUCUCCCUGGCAUAUUACAUCAUUUAUGAAGCAGCAUACAAGUCGUUUUUUUUUUUUUUUGAACAGGAAGGUGGCGUAGCGAUUUCCGAGUUAACAGUAGUUUGCUGCGCGGCACAAAUCAUGCUUCAUUGACAGCAUGGCCGAUGUUGAACGUUAUUUAUUUUAAACUUGGAAAAUAACCCCCUAAUCCCAGAUUUGGGACCACACAGCCACUGUCACUGAUUCCUGGAAUAUAUAUUCUUUCUCUUUUCUUCAAACAGUCAUCUUUAUUCAAUAUUGAUUAAUUAUUGCAAUAUAGAAACCCGUCAUUAUUGUCCCUACCCUUUACAGACCAAGCUGUCCCUUAUAUAUCUGAUACCAAGAUUGCUCAGUCAUAGCUGGUUCAGAUUUUAAUUUGUAAACAUUUUGAAAAACAUAACUCCACUUUGACAUGAUUGGGUAUUGUGUGUAGGCCAGUGACACAAAAUCUCAGUUUAAUGUAUUUUAAAUUCAGGCUGUAACACAACAACAUUUUGAAAAAGUCAACGGGUGUAAAUACUUUCUGAGGGCACCACUAUGCUUAGAUUUGACCCUUUUAACAUUUUACAUUAGUGUGGAUUGAAGAAAGUUAACGUUUUAAAAAAAAUGUGUUUUUUUAUCAUCAGAUAUUUAAUUAUUCUAAUGAAUGUUGGGUGCGCGUUUCUUCGCUUGCAUUUUUGAUUUUACAAGCGCGAGGGCGCGCCUGUGUUGCCAUAGGAAUGUAAACAUUUCCUUGUCCUCUGGCCUUGACUGGUGUUUUGGCAUUCAUAGCUAGCCUAAAGUUUCGCUACUAUGGGAAGUAUUACAGAUGUUUACUCCUCUGUCUGCAAAGAACUAAAACUACGAACUAAUCGAUACAUUUUAGAAGUCCUGCAAGAGACGGAGGGGAAGACGGGAGACAUCACACUCAAACUGACUGGGAACGACAGGCUGAGAAAGGUAGAACGAGUGACCAACAAAGAUGCUCUCGCUCUGUCCAGAACCCUCCGAGACAACGACUCAGUGACAGGUCUGGAUUUGAGGUACAACUGCAUCACAGAUGAGGGGGCGGGACACCUCGCUGACCUCCUCAAGGAGAACGUGUGUCUGCGCUCUCUGGACCUGACGUGUAACGACAUUCAGACAGACGGAGCUGAAUACAUUGCAAAGAGUUUGACUUCUAAUGAUGCCCUCCUGUCUCUGAGGCUGACUGGUAAUAAGAUAGGGAACGGAGGAGCCAUGCACUUCGCCAGCAUGCUGCAGGUCAACUCUACACUACAGGAGCUGGACGUGGCCGACUCUGACCUGGGGACUCAGAGUGUGAUAGCGUUUGCCAUCGUCUUGAACAACAACAAGAGCCUCCGAUCUGUCAACAUCAGCAGACCUCUACUCUUCAGCCACCAGGAGGAGACAGCGGUCCAUCUGUCAGGUAUGUUGGUAGUUAAUCAGUGUCUGAGGGAGCUGCACCUGGGAAAGAUGGGCAUGACUGACUAUGGAGUGGAGAGACUCACUGACGCCCUGAGAACCAACUACACCCUCAAAUACCUGGACUUACGCUGUAACCGUGUGACUCGUGACGGGGCGCGGUGUCUAGCAAAGGUCCUGAAGAACAAUGGAACCUUGGAGAUUCUGGACCUGGCGUCCAAUCGCAUCGAAGACGAUGGUGCCUUCUACCUCAGCCAGGCUAUCGCCUUGCCCACCUGCAACCUCAAAGCGUUGUCUAUCCCCAAUAAUAACAUAGCUACUGUUGGUCUGGUGUCUCUGUCUCGGGCCAUGCAGGCUAACAACACUCUCACACACAUCUACAUUUGGGGGAACAGACUGGAGGAGCCGGUCUGUCAGGCUUUCAGUGAUUUGCUGUCCAGUGGUCGUCUGUCGUCGGAGCAGACCGAUGUGUGUGUGUACGAGGUGGACGGGUGUGUGUGUCUGGCUGAGGUCUUCCAUGGGCUGAAGAGGCACUACUACUGGACACCCAGCUACGGACAGGAUGUAAAUCCUGCUAGCAAUGCAGCUGUGGCCCUCACAAAUACACAACUCUAUCCUAACUCCUCACACACACCCUAAACCCUUAAUAAUACUACCCACCUGGCGCACAUUCAGUUAAACUUGAUGCAUACAUGCACUCUAAUAAAUAUCUAAUAAACUGUUUUAAGUAA